AUGUCUGCUGUCUGUCGAACUUUAGCUCGACUCCCUGACUCAGGCUCCCGCGAAAUAAAGAUCCCUGGAGUCGAAUCACACUUUACCCUGGUCCGCAACAAUCUUACCCAACCGUUCGGUAUUCGGUCUGGCGUUCGACAGGGUUGUAUCCUGUCACCCAUACUGUUCAACUAUGCUAUUGACUGGAUCCUCGGGAGGGCCCUACGCGAGAGUGACGGCGUGGAGUUUGCACCCGGACAUCGGCUGACUGAUCUCGACUAUGACGAUGAUAUCGCCUUACUUGCUUCAGGUUUGGGUGAUCUGCAGUCUAUGGUGUCACGGGUGAACGAGGUCGCUAAAUCGGUCGGUUUAUCCAUAAACGCCGGGAAGACAAAAGUGUUUUCAAGAUGUAUCCCUGAGCAGAGGAGAGCAUCCCUCGGGAUUGACGGCUGUCAGCUUAAUGAAGUAGGCAGUUUAAAAUACCUCGGGCAAGGCUGCUGGCGAAUCGGCAGAGUAAGGACGACAUUGUCACCUGAAUUGAUGCUGCCCACCGGGUUUUCUCAAGCCUUAUAAAAUGCAUAUGGAUCCGACGCGACAUCUCCACAUCGCCACUAAGAUUCGCGUGUACCGUGCAUCUGUCCGGUCUUUCCUUUUGUAUGGUUGCGAAUGCCCGGCUGUGCGCGUGGAGGAAGAGCGAAGACUGGAGGUAUUUGACCACGACUGCUUGAGGACCAUCUUUCGAGUGAAGUACACCGACUUCGUCUCAAAUGAGACAGUUCGCGCUCGCUGCGACAAAAUCGCAAGGAUAACCCAGGCCAUCCAAGAAAGACAACUGAAGUGGUUUAGGCAUGUUCUUCGUCGUCCACCUCAGAAAUUCAGUGUUACUGCGUUCGAUCCGGUACCGUCACGCCAUUGGAGGCGUCGAAUAGAGGGUCAACUCAAAACCUGGCUCGACACAAUUCGUCAAGACAUGGAGGUGGUUCUUGGACCUUCGGUAUUCGGUCCCGUCGUUGGCGAAGAGAAUGGGUUGAGCUGUCCAGAUCUGAUGCCGCGGAUCGUCACACUUGUAGAGGUACAGUUCGUGACAUCAUCGAGGCCGGCUACAUCAGGCAUGAUCGCAGCCGUAUCAAGUACAAGUAAGUAAAUAGCCCUCUCAUGGGAGAACUGGAUCUGUUGGUGACGCAAUGACUGCACCUUGAUUGUUUCGGAUGGUUGUAGCGGGCAGAAUAAAGAACUUCCACAUGUGUGAAAUCCGGUACAACCUUCUGGUAUCACCAGGUGCUGAAACGAGCUCCUCAUCAACCAGUCGGAGAGUUUCAAUAAACAUUCAAACCUUGCAGAGACGCCUCUUGUGGCCUAGAGUGUCCUCAGAGGUACGCUGACAGUUUACUUCAGAGCUGACCGACCGGUUAUAGUUGAUGACGACUCGGAUCGGCUCUCAUCCUCGACGGUGCACCGAGGCAGUUGGAGACAACCUCACAGAAGCCUAAGGCAGUGGCAGAUCGUCGAGACAGUCCACUUCGUAGGCUGUACCUUUUCGACAAGUCAUCCUAGUUGUGGCCCGGUCCUCACAUAAGCAUGGCCAGAUUAAUUCUCGCUAACUGCGUUGGCACCACGCAUCUAGUGUGGGUGUCGAGCGCUGGGAUGGUUCAACGUGCUCUGACAAGUAUGUCGAUGAUGAUGAUGAUGAUGAUGAUGAUGAUGAUGAUGAUGAUGAUGAUGAUGAUGAUGAUGAUGAUGAUGAUGAUGAUGAUGAUGAUGAUGAUGAUGAUGAUGAUGAUGAUGAUGAUGAUGAUGAUGAUGCAUGA